AAGAUUUCUGAGUUAUAAUUUCUGGGACACUUCAUUUCAACUGCUCUCUCUCCCUCUUCUCUUCCCCUUUUAUGCAAAAGCACUACAAGCUUACAGAGGGAGCCAGAGAGGAGAUUCCGCAGAAUAGAGAGAUGGCCAUUAACAAAGACAUGGAGAGUUGGAUUAGCAGCGAGCAAAAUGGUUCAGUGGAGCCUCUCAUCCAGCAAGCAAAUGUGAAGACGAACAAAAGAUCAAUAUGGAUGAUUCUAUUCAGCACCGUAGUUGUUGUCUGUGGCUCAUUUGUUUUUGGAUCCUGUGUUGGCUUUUCUGCACCAUCUCAAUCUGCGAUCAUGAAUGAUAUGGGCCUCUCCUUGUCUGAGUUUGCAGUUUUUGGAUCCAUACUAACAAUCGGUGCCAUGAUCGGUGCAAUUGCAAGUGGGAGGAUAGCUGAUUUUUUAGGAAGAAAAGGGUCCUUGCAGGCCAUGAGAGUUUCAGCUCUAUUUGGUAUGGUAGGAUGGCUGGCAAUUUAUUUUGGCAAGAAUGUUGUACUGCUGGACUUUGGGAGGAUUUCAACAGGUUUUGGGACUGGAGUUUUUUCAUAUGUGGUGCCUGUGUUCAUAGCAGAAAUAGCCCCAAAAAAUCUUCGAGGUGGCCUCACAGCAUUGAAUCAGUUAAUGAUUUGUGGAGGAUUAUCAGUAACAUAUAUAGUGGGUACCUUAGUAUCAUGGAGAGAGUUAGCUCUAAUUGGACUCAUCCCAUGUGUUAUUCUACUUUUUGGCCUCUUUUUCAUUCCAGAGUCUCCUCGAUGGCUUGCUAAAGUUGGGCAACAAGAAUUGUUUGAGGAAUCGCUGCGUCGCCUUCAUGGAAAAGAUGCCGACAUUUCUGAGGAAGCGGCAGAAAUUCAGGACUACAUAGAAACUCUUAACAGGCUCCCGAAGGCUAAAAUUGUGGACCUAUUUCAAAGAAAGUACAUCCGUUCAACCAUUGUUGGCGUUGGGUUAAUGGCAUUUCAACAGUUUGGUGGAAUCAAUGGAAUUGUAUUUUAUUCAAGUCAAACAUUUGUAUCUGCAGGAUUUUCUUCUGGAAAUUUUGGAACCAUUUUGAUUGGUGCCAUACAGUUGCCAAUAACAGCUUUGGGAGCAAUAUUAACAGAUAAUAGUGGAAGAAAACCGCUGCUACUGAUUUCUUCUUCUGGGACCUUUUUAGGCUGCUUCAUAGCUGCCUUAUCUUUCUUUUUACAGGAACGAGGAGUGAAUGUGGAGUGGAACUCUAUCUUAACACUUUGCGGCAUAUUGAUUUAUAUUGGAUCUUUUGCAAUGGGCAUGGGUGCAAUUCCAUGGAUUAUUAUGUCAGAGAUUUUCCCCAUUAACAUCAAAGGAACUGCUGGUAGUCUUGUGACUUUGAUGAACUGGUUUGGAUCAUGGCUUCUCUCAUACUCAUUUAACUUUCUCAUGAGUUGGAGCUCUUGGGGCACAUUCCUCAUAUUUACAGUAAUCUGUGCAGCGAAUGUUGUUUUUGUGCUGAUGCUUGUGCCAGAAACGAAAGGGCGCACUUUAGAAGAGGUCCAGUCCUCCAUGAAUUCUUAGUCUUAUUAUUUACAAACAGAAAGGAGGAACUCAAAGAAUUUACUGCUUAUUUUUCAGAAAUUUGGGUCUAGUAUGUAAUUUUCUUUAUUUAUUAGGUUCCUGUAUAAUUUCGAUCUGUAAUUGAUUUGCAUUUGUCUGCAAUUGUUUUAAUGCAUAUUUAUUAAUAAUUGAAUCUUGUUUUAGUCCCAGAAUUUAUAGAA